AUGCGGCUCCCACGCAUAUUCAGCGUCUUCAGGCGCAACAGAAUAAGAUCCUCCGGCGGGUCUUCCAUACAGAGCGGCGCCGCAGCCAGGACAAAGAACCGGCGCGCGCGACGAGCACGACGUGGUGGGAAGAAGCACUCGCCAUCGUACAGAGGUAACUCCGCCCCGCAGCCAGCUCCCAGGCAGCAGCAGGCACCGGCUACGCUACAAAAUGGUGGACGAGCACCACCCGCCGCCGCCAUUGCUGCGCAAGGGCCCGCCGACGGCCAGUCUCGCAAGCAGGUAGCUCCGCCGACCGCGCCGAGCCAAUCGCCGGCAGCUCCUCCCCCCGCGCUCAGCCGGUCGCCGGAAGCUCCGCCUUCCGCGCCCAGCCAAUGGGGGGAGCCCACGCGUACCGCACCGAGCGCCGCGCAGGUAGCGCCGCCUACCGCACCUCGCCGCAACGCAGCAGCCAAUCCGGUUGCGCCUCGCCCGAACGCCACUGCGCCACAGAAGGAAGAUGGCAACUGCAACGCGCCGCUCCAUGAUAGCAUGGCGGACUUCCCAGCUCUACGUUCACGCCCCGGGCGGUGUCCUGGCACUGCCCAGACAGCCGCCCGCCAUCUCGUUGGAAACUACAAUGGCGCCCUCACGGCUGCACCUCCUGCAAAAGCUUCGAGCGGCACACAACAAAAUGAGCGCCCAGACCCGUUUGGGAACUACUGCGCCUUCUUCGAGCGCAUGUUCGGCUUAAUGGAGCAACUUAUGACGCGCGUCCUUGAUGCGAUCAGUGAGCUCCCAGCCAGAAUGACGGCCGCGGUCAACCAGGCCAUUCACGCUAACUUCCAACAACAACAGCAUGGCGGAGCCGCUCCGAGGAAUUAA